GCAUGCGCAAGGUAAGUGCAGCGGCCAGUGGCGUCACCGCUGGACAUGCUGGGGCUGGGCGGUUUCUGGCUCUUGUGGCGGCGACCUCCUGCAGCGGGGGUCCCAGCGAAGAACCUCCGCUUCAGGAAGGUCGCCUCCGGCGUCUCUCCCCCGGGCAGCACCUCGCCCAGAGCCCUAAAUAUCUUCGACCGGGAUUUGAAGAGGAAACAGAAAAACUGGGCGGCCCGGCAGCCUGAGCCGAUGAAGUUUGACUACCUGAAGGAGGAGGUUGGAAGUCGGAUUGCAGACCGUGUGUAUGACAUAGCCAGAAAUUUUUCCCUUGCUUUGGAUGUUGGUUGUGGAAGAGGUUACAUAGCACAGCAUUUGAAUAAGGAAACUGUUGGAAAGUUUUUCCAAGUAGACAUUGCAGAAAAUGCUUUGAAAAAUAUCUUAGAAAUGGAAAUUCCUACUGUUAGUGUUUUAGCUGAUGAAGAGUUCCUUCCCUUCAGAGAAAAUACAUUUGACCUGGUGGUUAGCAGUUUAAGUUUACACUGGGUGAAUGACCUUCCUAGAGCGCUUGAACAGAUUCAUUACGUUUUAAAACCAGAUGGAGUGUUUAUUGGCGCAAUGUUUGGAGGUGACACACUCUAUGAACUUCGGUGUUCAUUACAGUUAGCAGAAACAGAAAGGGAAGGAGGAUUUUCUCCACACGUUUCUCCUUUCACUGCUGUCAAUGACUUAGGACAUCUGCUUGGGAGAGCUGGCUUUAAUACACUGACUGUGGUAACUAUCAAGAGAGUUGAUUAA